CACACACACACACAAGGGGGUGGAGCCUUGUCCGUUCUCCUAGAACAAACAACCUACAGGAAAAGACCAGUUUCUCCGUCGACAACAGCAUAAAUCCACGCCUAAAUUGUUUAACAAUAUUUGGAAUUGAUUCCUCGUAUUUAAGGGUGUAACAUAGGAAGAUGAGUCAGGCAGAGCAGGUGCUUGAGGGCACACCUGCUAACCAUACUGACGAGCCAACAGAUGCAGACACCCUCAAAGAGCAUCCGCCAACUCAGACAGGCAUGUUGGGCAGGUUGGCAGGAGGCCUGUACGGCGCCACCAAGGGGGCUUUAGGAGCUACUGUGGGCGGCGUGACAUGGAUAGGAGGAAAGAGCCUAGACCUCACCAAGACCGCCGUCAGCUCCGUGGCAGCCGUCCCCGCGGCCGGAGUGGGCCUAGUCAAGGGAGGGGUGUGCGCCGUCGCCGGAGGCGUGACGGCCGUCGGUUCCGCCGUGGUCAGCAAAGUUCCUAUCGGAGGAGGCAAAAAGAAGGACAAGUCUGACUGAGAGCAAGAGGAGAGAGAGCAAAGGCACACCGCCGGGGUGUCGGUCACACUCAGAGUUUGCUUUUUGCAGCGUUAGAUCAAGCCUGGUCGCAGCAGCCGAUGACGAGCAACACGGGACUCAAAUAAUCAAUGUGAAUGUCUUGUCCUUUUGCUUUUGUAUUCACUCUCUCCAAUAUAAUGGCGUGCUUGUAAGCUCCAAGUAAGAGACUGUACUUAUUUGAUGUGCAAGGAGCACUUUUCUUUUCACGUGUGGGUGGAGUGGUCCAAAUAAAACAACCAUGUCUCAUUUUGA